AUGAAGUCCUCCAUAUCCUCCCUCCUCCUGCUGGGCCUGUCCGCCUGGACCGCCCAGGCACUCGAGGUUCAAGUCGACCAAACCGACGAGAACAGGCAAAAAUGCGCCGGAAUGUAUAGCAGGAAGGACUGGGGCGGCCCCAUCGACCCCUUCAUCCUGUCCGUCUUCCCAGACCAGACCGUCGAGGGCCACGACGAUCCCAUUGUGUCGCUGGUCAUCUUUGAGUGGAAGGACGAGGACCUCAUCGGCGUGACCGACCCCGAAGGCAAGGCCUACGAGCGCGAGUUCAUCUGCAACGAGCCUGCUGUCGCCAAGGGCUACUGCAACGAGACCAAGCUGGGCGAGUUCAUCCUCUCCCCGAACGCCACCGAGAAGAGCAAGUCCUUGAUCCUCACCCAGGCCAUACACCUCAAGGACAACAAGCCCAUCAAGUACGAGAUCAAGGACACGGGAUACUACUGCGUCGGCGCCCUCCCCUACGGCGACUUCAACUUUCAAGCCAUUGUCGAGUUCAGGGAGGCCUACGGCGAGUUGCCAGCAACUCAGAUCCCGAAGCUGCCCUUCUACGGAGGAAUCACCAUCUUAUAUGCCGUUGUCUCUGUGUUCUGGGGCUUCCUCUACUACCAGCACAGAUCCGAUAUUCUCCCUGUGCAGAACUAUAUCACAGCUAUCUUGCUGUUCUUGGUCGUUGAGAUGUUGAUGACCUGGGGCUUCUACGACUACCUGAACCGGAACGGUUCCAACUUGGGCGCUCGUGUUAUGCUGGUCCUGGUUGCCAUUCUCAACGCCUUCCGCAACUCCUUUUCCUUCUUCCUGCUACUGAUUGUAUGCAUGGGUUACGGCGUUGUGAAGCCGUCUCUGGGCAAGACCAUGAUGUACGUCAGAUACCUGGCCAUCGCGCAUUUCGUGUUCGGCCUCGUCUAUGCGAUCACGAGUCUGCUCAUCUCGCCAGAUACUGCCGGGCCAUUCGUCCUAUUGAUUGUGCUACCGCUGGCUGGUACUCUGACUGCCUUCUAUGUGUGGACUCUCAACUCCCUCAACUUCACCCUCAAGGAUCUCCGGGAGCGCAAGCAGACUGUCAAGGAGACCAUGUACAAGAAGCUCUGGUGGUGCAUCCUGGUGUCCAUCCUUGUCAUCUUCGGCUUCUUCUUCUUCAACUCUUUCUCGUUCGCCUCGACCAGCGACCCGGAUUUUGUCCCCUUCCACUGGAAGUCGCGCUGGUUCGUGCUCGACGGCUGGCUGAAUCUGGUUUACUUUGCCGAUGUGGCCUGGGUCGCGUACGUCUGGAGACCAACCGCCAACAACAGGCGCUUCGCCAUGAGUGACGAGAUCGCCCAGGACGAGGACGGCGGCUUCGAGUUUGCCGACGUCGGCAACCCCAUGGAGUCGGACGACGAGGACGAGGAAGCCAACAUCGGAAAGCCGACCUCGGCAUCGAAUAUACACGGGCGCUCGGGGUCCCUCUACUCCCAGCCGUCCGGCGCCGCGCCGAGUCAGCCGAGAGGUGGCGCUGCCGCCGCGCAAAAGUCCGUGAGCCCGAGAGACUCGUUCGAGGACGGCGAGACCAUCUUUGCCGUGGGCGAGGACGGCGACAAGUUUAGCGACGACGAGGACGACGACGAGGAGAGGAAGCUGGUGGGCUCGAAGAAAUAG